AUGGAUGACAACCUAAACAUUACCCAGAUAACUCUUAAUGGGUAUAUAGAAAUGAACAAAUACAGGUAUUUAUAUUUUUGUGUAAUGUUUACAGCAUAUGUUUUAAUAUUCUGCAGUAAUUCUGCUAUAGUCUACCUGAUCUGGAUACACAAAAACCUCCAUGAGCCAAUGUAUGUCUUCAUUGCAGCUUUGUUAUUUAACUGUAUUCUUUACAGCACUUCUGUUUACCCAAAACUUUUGAUUGACUUUCUAUCUGAAAAACAGAUCAUAUCACAUUCAGCGUGCCUCUUUCAGUUUUUUAUCUUUUAUUCUACAGGUGGUUCAGAAUUCUUACUGCUGGCAGCAAUGGCCUUCGAUAGAUAUGUGUCAAUAUGUAAACCUCUGAGAUAUCCAGCUAUAAUGAAUAGAAACACUGUGAGAGUUUUCCUGGUUCUAGCUUGGUUUGUUCCUGCUUGUCAUAUUGCAGUACAAACAAUACAGAGUGCUCGAGCUGAAAUAUGUCAUUUUAAUUUAAAAGGAAUAUUUUGUAACAACUCAAUCUUUACACUUCACUGUAUGACAUCGAAUUCAAUUACCAUAUUUGGACUCAUUUGUUUGUUAAAUCUUGUAAUAUUCCCAAUGCUUUUCACUGUUUUUACAUAUACAAGGAUAUUGCUAAUAUCUCAUCGCAGUGGUAAAGAGUUCAGGAAAAAAGCUGCUGAAACAUGUUUACCGCAUUUGUUAGUUUUAAUCAGCUUCUCCACUUUGACUUUAUAUGAUGUAAUUAUAGCUCGAGUGGAAUCAGAUGUUCCAAAAGCAGCACGGUUGAUAAUGACUUUACAAAUACUUCUUUAUCAUCCUUUGUUUAAUCCAUUCAUUUAUGGGUUUAAAAUGAAAGAAAUUUCUAAACAUCUGAAAAAGCUGUUCAGAAAACAGAAGUUUGUCCACCACCUUAUCGUAAAGGAGGAGUUUGCUCGUCCUGACGAUCCUAGGAGCUAUGUUGUCGGGGGCUUCAUGGCCCUGGAAGGGUCACCCAAGGCAAACAGGUGUUUAGUGAAGGGACUAGACAAAGCACUGCUCAAAGCACCCCAUGACGACAAAAAACUUGGACCCAGGUUUUCCUGGCCCGAACAUGGUUCACCGGGGCCCACUCUGGAGCCAGGCCUGAAGGUGAGGCACAGAGUCGACUACCUUACCUUGCAUCUUUCUCAUUCCUAG